AUGUCAUUUUUUAGAAGAAACGAGCUAUUAAAUAAGCAGCAAUACGCGUACCAACAUGGCCGCUCGACGAUAGACGCAGCCAGAGACGUCGUGGAGAGGGUGAUGAAACACCUGGAGGGGCGGAGGCAGGUCGCAGCUAUAUUCUGCGACCUGUCACGCGCCUUCGAGUUGGUGAGUCAUUCUCUGUUGCUAGCCAAACUUGACCACUACGGCGUUACAGGUGGCUUUUACGACACGAUUGUGUCAUUCCUCUCCAACAGGCAGCAGCUGACAUCCAUAUGCGGUGCCAGGUCGGAUCUGCUGGAUCUGGGUGAGCGUUCCGUACCACAGGGUUCGAGUAUGGGUGACCAGAACCGCAAGUGA